AAUAUUUCUUAGCUGUAAUGAAACAGUGGGCCAUGCAUAAUUCUUCAUGUUUUCUCAUCCAUAUAUACAUAUAUAAAUACGAACCUUCCUUCUCCAUUUCCUUAUCACCAACAAAAUAAAUCACAGAAACUCUUGAAAUAUUUUACAUAUUUUCUCAGUACAACGUGUUUCGAAAUGGCGAAAGUCGGGAAGCUAACGAAGCUCAAGUCAGCCAUAAAGAGAUGGCCUUCAUUCACCAAGUUCACCCGCACCACCAGCUGUUCCAGCUCCGCCGCCGCGAACUUCUCGCCGGAGAACAAAAACGACGACGUCGUUCUUCGCGCCGUUUACGUCGGGAAGGCUCGGCGGCGGUACCUCGUUAGCUCCGAGGUCGUGGAGCAUCCGCUGUUUCAGGAGCUGGUCGACAAAUCCGGCGGCGGAGAAGGCCGCCACGUGGACGCAGAUCAAGACGACGGCAGCGUUUCGGUGGCUUGCGAGGUGGUGCUGUUCGAACACUUGCUGUGGAUUCUCGACAACAACUCCGAGGAUCAGCUUGGGUCCACCCACGAGCUUGUCGAGUUCUACACUUGCUGAUGAAUUAUAAUGAUCAUCAUCAUUAUUAAAAAAAGUUGAUGUCGUUAAUUAUGAUCAUCAUCAAUGUUGUCGCUGACGAACGAAGCAAAAAUAUGGUUUGUUAAUUUUUAGCAAUAGAUGAACAAGAGAGAAGGAUGAAAAACUACUUGAACUUGUAUAGAUUGUGGUAGGUUUUUUUUCUCCCUCUUUUUUUUUUUUUUUGGAAAAAUAAUGGUGCGUGAUUUGUGUCUAGCCCGUUUGGGACACUGAGGAUUAACUGAUUUUUUUUUCUGUACUACUGCGGAUUAUGAUGAUUGUAUUACAUGUUAAUUAAAGAGCUAGCUAGCUUAAUAUA